GAUCUCCUCCCCACGCCCACUCCUCCUCCUCCCACGCCGCGUCCUUCGCCCUCCUCCCUGGGCGACGCUCGCCCCGCCGCCGCAUCGCCUCCUCGCCAGCCACGCCCGCCGGCCUCCUCCGCGAUCGCCGCCGCCCUCUCCAACGCGCCUCCACCUCGCAUCGGAUCGAUCAUCCACCUUCGCCCUCCUCCCUGCGUCAUCUCCUCGCCUCCUCACCUUCUCACCUCGCCGCCGCAUCGCCUCCUCAGCAGCCCCGUGCCACGCGCGCGCGUCCCGCGCGCGCGUCCCGCGCCGCCCUCGACCGCCGACGCUGCGACCCGCGCCGUCUCCUCGCUGCCGUCGCCGUGCCCCGAGUCCCACGUCCCGCGCCGCCCUCGACCGCCGACGCGGGAGCAGGAGGUCACGCCGCGUCAACACCGCCGAGGAGCCGCUUCCUCGCCGCCGUCGCGACGACCCGCGCCGCCCUCGACUGCCGCCACCUCUGCCGGUCAUGAUCGCCUUCAUCUGAAGGAAACCUAGAUCCAGGAGGAAUCAAGCGGGAGUUCAGGGACAUGCACUUGGCAUCUGCUGAAUUUUUUUUGGCAUUGAUACGGCCGCCGACACCUCCGCCGGUCAUGACCGCCACGGAGGUCGAUCCGUCGCCUCUGCCUCCGCCUUCGUCCUCGACGCCACCGUCUCCCUCUAUAGGAGACCGAUGCUCGCUGCUUUUGCCUCUUGGCUCACUCUCCCCAAUCCGCGCCGCUAGAUCACCAUCGCCCGGAGUCGCCUGGGUCUGCGUCGCCCACCAAGCUGAUCUCCUCAGCGCCGUCCCAAUAUCUUCCUCUUCCUCGUCCGCCUCCUUCUCCGCCGCCACCAAUCUCUGCCGCCGGAAUAGCAUCAGCACGAAACGCCUCGUCCCUCGCCUUGCUGAUCUCCUCAGCGCUGCCAGAACAAUGUCGCCCCGCUUCGAUCUGAUUCACCGAAAGGGUUCAAAUGCUUUUCUAGCUUCUCAAUGAAAUUAUAACACCAGGUAUGAUCAUCUAUUUCCCUUGGUUUUGAAUUAAAUGAAAACCAGAUAGGUAUCAACCUUUGCAUAGUAAACUCUAUUUUCUAAUUGUCAUCUGCCAUAAUUCACUCUAUAUUAUGCACACAUCGAAUAUCGAAUAGUACUGACUAUAUUUUUUGGAACAUAGUGAUCAUUUAGCAGUUAAGAAAUGGUUAUUGAUAGUCCACAUUCUGCAGAACUGGACGGGGGAUGGGGCUCCUUUUGGCAUUAUUAGUCAGAGAAUGUUCUGCUCUGCAUUUUCCUUUUCACUGUACUGAACUUAUACCAUCUGUUGCUAUUCCUUCGCAUAGUGACAAUUUCAAUGGCUUUUUUUUGCCAUGAAAUUUCAAAGGCCUUUACAAGGAUAAUAUGACCUGACCUUCUAUUAACAUUGCAUUUGGGACUGCUGCUUGUUGACCACUUUACUGUACUGGGCAAUCUGAUAUCAAUAUGGAAUUUAAAUUUGAUAAGGCAAAAUUCAUUCUCUUCGGAGAUCAAUAUGGAGAGUCAAGAAUCAAGAUAGCUACAUCAUAUUUUUGAUAAUUCAUACUAUUUCAAUUGGAUAUGAAAUUUACUUCUUGUGGAUUUCUUUUAUUCAUAAAAUAUGCUAAUUUUGUUUUUGCAGUUUGAGUAACCUUUAUUUUGGUGACUACAGGUAAAAAAAAAUCACUUACAUGGGCUCAUCAAUAUGUUAAAUCUUUUCACGAUCAACAUUAGCUUUAUCAUCUUAGCUAGCCAAGCCCUGAAGGUACAGAGUAAUCACUAUCCUCUAACUCUGAUGAAAAUGCCAUGUUCUUCACUCUCCAUCUUUAUCCCCUGCAAAUCAGCAAUGGCUGGCCCUUCUAUUCAUUUUUGUAUCUAAGUUUAGAAAUUACUCCAGGGUAAAUCCAUAUGUUGAAUUUCUUUACUGGGAGAGCUAAUUAGUUGAUGCGGGAAAUAAUUUUCCCUCCUGGACUCACUUCUGAACUCUCUGCAGGCAAUGUACGUAUUAUUUAGGGAUGAUGGAACUCUAAAGUUACCAUUCUUGUUCCUUGUGCUACUUGACAGUCAACUGACCAUUUGGAAUAUGAUACUGUAAUUUAUAUAUGUAUAUACAUAAAUAUCGUGUUUAUUUUGUUUCCAUACAAGACAUUGGAAAUUUCCCUAUAAGACAUUGGAAAAGAUUGAGAGAGCUAAAUUGCAAAGA